GAUGCCGAUCAUUUAUUUAUAUUUGUUUAUCAUUUAAUCCGCCUGCGGUUUAUUCUUGCACGUGCUUGAGUGAUUGUGUUUUUCGCAGGCAACGUUUUCACUUAGAAUGGAAGGUAUUUCAAAAAUUUUCGGAGGAAUUGUAGACGUUGUGGAUUUGAAUAUCCGCCAAACAUUGAGCAGUCUUGACGAGCAUCAAACAUUGUGGAAUGAGCCGACACAUGAAAUUGAAGCUUAUUUUGCUAAAAUAACUGCACUGUUGGGUAGUGCCGAAACUCGGGAUCGGGGACUGAUAGUACUAGGCCAUGUUAUGUGCCACUGUCCACCGGAAAUACUGGAAGAACGAUUGCAAUAUUGGGUUAACGUUUGUGCUAAAAUUUGCAAUCAACGGGGCCAGACCGCAAGUAUUCCCCUUGCCUGCGAUGUACUAGCGCAACUCGUUCUCAAAUCAUUGGAAUCGUCCGAUGUGAGUAAACUGAUGAUCAGUAAUAUACCGAAAAUCUUGGACUGCAUUACGACCGUCGCCGACCCGUCAAACCAUUCUAGUACGUUGGAUUUUUUGAAAACGGUCAUGCUUAAAUAUCCAGGACCAUCUGGACCAUCGAAAAACCGAAUCGAACAAUAUCUCUAUUCGCUGAUCGAUUCUGAGGACCCUGUGGUGGUAGAUCGCACCGGAUCCUGCCUGCUUUUGCUGCAGCAAAUCAAGGGUGGAGGUCAGCACGGUAAUCUGCAUAAAAAAACUUGGGAGGAGUACCACUUGCAUCUAGUUGAUACAAUCCACGACCUGCUGGGUAAAAUAUUCGCACAUACACCGGAGUCAUUUGACGUCGACGAUAAUUUAGAGUGUUUAAAACUUCCUAAAAUGAUAGUUGACGAUGAACCUGUCAUCUCAGCACAGCGAAUUGCGACUCGACUUGUUAAUUUGAUUGAUUACUUGGAAAAGGCUAUACUAGAACCAUACCCGGUAGCUAAGCCUGUGAAACCGAUGAAGGUUUUGAACGUAAUCUUUCGGGGGCACGCAGUCAGCAGUCGUGCUAUGGCGAGGAAUUCUAUCCAAGAUAACUUAGCAUUGGGAUUGUUUCUUCCGAGCAUUCAAACGCAUUUGCUCAAGGUGCUGGAUGCGCUAACACUUGUGCUGAAGUCCAACAUGUUGCUAUUUGGAAACCUAAUCACUGAUCUUUUCGAUCAGUGUCUUAAGACAACAGUAACAGUUGAAUCCAAGGGUAGAAAGAAGUCGUUUGUUGCACUUCGAAUGAAAGUUUACGAAAGUAUCGGGCUAUGGUGUGAAACGACCAGUUCUGGCAGCGGUAUUGAAGAUGUGGCGGACAGCUUACUGGAACAUAUUAUACAAGACGUGACGCCGUACGAGCCUGAAGUUACACUGCAGGUCAACGCAAGCCGCCAAAAACUUUCCAACAAAGCAAAGAGAAAACUGCAAAAACAGCAGAAUGCUGCCACCAAUUUGGCGGAAUCGCACUCAUCCGAUCCACUGGAUAAAUCAAAGUUUUUACACGGAGAUUGUGGCAACGAAGGUCUUUGUCUGGCAGCGCUCGUUUGUUUGUCGAAGGUUUUCGAAGCAGCCGGAUGUUUCAUUAAACCCGUUAUGCACAAAAUUUUACAGGAAAAAAUCGUCUCCAUCUGCUUGUCGGUGCUCUCCCAAUUGAACACAGAAGAAAGGAUGAAUUUGUACUGUUUACCAAGCUCCCGUGCGGCUUUGCUUGCCGCGUUAAAUGCUCUAAUUGUAAAUCCUCACCAUCACUGUCCGUCGCCGUUGCAGUACGGUGUUAAUGUGUUCAAUAUAGCCAAAAUUCAGGACCCCAAUAUUGACGUGCGCAUUAAGGCUUCUGAGCUGGCUCGAUCCUGUGAACUGUUGGUACAUCCAAGACGAGAGGUUUUCUAUUUUCCGAUAGAGGAGAAUGCUGUCAAUGAUAUGCUCGCCGCGAAAAAGAAACACCCACUAAAUUCAAAAAAUAUAACUAAUUUGGCAGAUACUACUGACCAGACGUCGAUUACAUUCGAAAAAUCUAACUCAGAAAAUGAGCAGUGUUCGGAGGAUGAUGCGGUAGUAUCUGCCGAGAAGGAACCGAUUGCUCGCGUGGAAGAAGUUACGAUUAAUGAUGAAAAAUCUUCACCAAUUGUUUAUGAAUUGGGUGACGAUGAGAAUGAAGGAGAACUACAAAAAUCAGUUGCUGAGAAAACGUCCGAAUCGCAAGCGAUUCGCAUCGAUUCCGAUGAAAGUGAAGUUGAAGUUGUAAACGACAUAGUACUAGUGGAAAAACAGACAAACACUAAGAGUUCGACAAGUAGUGACGAGGAAGUACAGCUAGUAGACGAUGAACAGGUAGCGAAAUCGCCGAGACGUCAAGCCGUCUCUACGAACGGUUUAGCAGCAGAAACACCAGUAGAAGCACGCAAACGUGAGCUGUCGCAGGCAAAUGAAGAAACUAGUGCGGAAAAACGACCAAAACUGGCAGAAUGUGAAGAAGAUGUGGAUAAGCGUGUGAAUGAUCUAGUUGCGGAAUUCGUCGAUGAAUUGAAUGAGGACGUUUAGACGGAAUAACAUUGAACAGCAAUUUUGUGUCUAAUAAACCGAGAUCGUGUGUUGUCAAGUUUAAACCAUUAAACAUGAUCCACCAGUGAAUUGCCUGUUGAAAGUAUUGUAUUGUUGCUGAGAGUAUUAGAGAGAACCCCAAUCUACCCUAUCUUUAUUUUUUUUAAACAAGAAAUAUGAAUAUUGAAAAUAUUGAAGAGACUGGCAGGUUAACCUAAAUCAAUGACUAUUCAUGUAGCAAAACAAGCAAGCUUCCCACCCAAGCUCCUUCCCAAAAUCAGGUAUAAUUACAAACUUUCAUUCCCACAGACAGACAGACGUUCGACGAAAUUUUUGUUGUCCGGAAAAGUAUUCCCGACAAUAUUUCACCGGAAUAGAAUG